AUGUUAGAAACACGUUCUGCCGUAUUUAAAUUAAUGAAAACUAACGCUCAUGAAGAACGACAAAUUCACAAAUGGCCACCCCCAUUUUCUUCAGCGAUAACUCCUUAUUACGAAAGAGAUUUCAACGAUGUCGUUAAACAAGCUUGUGCAGAGAAAUCUUUUAUUCUUCGAAUAUCAAAAGUAAUUGUCAUUGGAGAUGUAGCGGUUGGAAAAACUUCAUUAACGGGAGAUUAUGAUCGUGGUUCGGACAAGAACAAACGUCGAAAGCGAGAAACUUAUAUAAAUAAUAUUAUCUCAUUUAUCAGUUUUUGUCACAAACUUUUUGAUAACAAUUAUAAGGCGACCAUUGGAGUAGAUUUUGAAGUAGAAAGGUUUGAUGUUCUUGGAGUUCCAUUUCACUUGCAAAUAUGGGAUACAGCUGGACAAGAGCGAUUCAAAUGUAUCGCUGCUUCCUAUUAUCGAGCGGCUAAUGCAAUUAUAGUUGUUUUUGAUGUUGGAAAUUUACUAACUUUGGCACAUUGUCAACAAUGGUUAAUAGAAGCAUAUAAAAGUAACACUAACUUUUGUCAUGUUUUUUUAGUUGGUAUGAAAAGAGAUUUACUGUCGAACAAAGUAUAUGAGAUUAUUGAAAAUCGUGCGAUAGAUGUUGCGAAUCGAAUGAGAGCUGAAUAUUGGACAGUUUCAGCUAGAACUGGAGACGGAGUUAAUGAAUUGUUCGCAAGAGUUGCUAGUUUAUGCUUCAAUGCAAUGGUUUUACGAGAAUUAGAAAAUAAUAAAAUAGUGCCAAUGAAUAUCGGCUCAGAUUUAAUAACUUUGGAAAGUAAAUCCAAGGAAAAUGAAGACAACAUUAAAAAAAAGAUUAGAUCGAAAUGUUUCGAUUGUCUCAUAUAAAUAUUUCAACGAAUCG